UUCCCGUAUCCAUAAUCUCUUAUUUGUAGGAGUAAAGUAAGUUUUUUGUUACUUUGCUUGGGUUUCCAAUCAACCCACUAAAAAAUAAAUUAAUGGCGACUCUUAAUUGAAAAUCAUUUACAUGUUAAUGUCUUAAAUCCUAAAUUGCCAAUUGGUAUAUGCUUUGGAGAACCCAAGUUAAGUCUAAGUCUUGGAGAUCUCAAGUUAAGUCUAAACUUAACAAUCCAUUAACCGAAUCUAUAGGUGAUUCCACCUGCUUUGAGAAGGUCGUGACGCAUGGUACUUGGAGGCUAAAAGGCACUCCGUCCACUGUAAGGCUGACAUAGCUGUGUUUUUAUAGGAUAGCAUAUUUACCUCAAGUAUUCAUGAAUUUUACUGGUAUUGUGGAAACCCAAAUUGAAUCAAAUCGUUGACACCCCUAAUUUCUAUAUUAUUUCAGAAAAAAAAAAGUAACCUAACUUCAAGAGUGUCCCUUAAUAACAAAGUUAAAAACAUAUCAUGCAUGCAAAAACGGAGUUGAUAUAAGAUCCACUAAACUGCCUAUUAAUUGCAGUGGGUCAGAACUCCCUGUACAGACCCAAGGCAUGAAUCCCGGUUCAUAAAAACUCGUAGGGCACUUCCUGCAUUUUCCAAAUAAUUAGGCCUCUAUAAUCAUACUCUUGAGUUAUUGAAAAGAGAAUAUCAAUACGAUCUCCAUUAAGCAUAGUUUACUAGCAACGUAGUUAAUUCAUUGUUUGAUCUCUCUUUGAGGUAUUAAUGAGACUUAAGCUAAAUUCGCCAGUUAAGUUAAAUAAGGUUUUAGUAUACCAGUUAGAGUUAGCAGAAGCCAGAAGCCAAACAUCAAAUUACCUAGAUUUUUGCUUCUUUUAAUUAAUUCUUAAGAAUACUUCUUCUCCUCCCCACGAAGCCAAAAAGUCUUUUCCUCCCCCUCUUUUUAUUGUCUUCUUCGAUUUUCAACCAUGGAAGGGAGGGUGAGAGUAUCUCAAACCCACCCCUCCAUCUAUUUUUAUUUUUAGGAGUUUUUUUUUUUGCUACUCUCCCAAUCUAAAUUUGGGAGUUGUGCUUUUCCAAUCUAGUUUUAAAUCUGAGAAUUUGAAUUCCACGAAUCUAGUUCUAGACCUAAGAGUUCUUCUCUCUCGAUUUAAAUUUGGGAGUUUAGUAAUGUUUUCAGAGAUAUGAUACCCUCGUGUUUUGUCCGUGUAUAGGUCAUCUGCCUCUAGUUUUAAUUCACAAGAACUCCAACGUUUCACUAAACUAUGAAAAUUUGCUUUUCCAAAGGUUAGAUCUGUGUUUAUUCAACCUAUUUUGGUUAUUUGCAUACAGUGAUAGUACAGAGGAAGCUGAACCUAGGUGCAUAUCGUCAACUAACAACACUGUAGUUAUUUAAAAAGGAAUUUUCGGCAAAUACUCAUCACUGACGAUGAUACGAGAUUUGGUAAUUGGCCACCAAUUAUUUUGCUUGACAAAGGGUGCUAAACCCCGCCAAUACUUUGUUGAUCCUCAUUGUUUUUUGAAUUUGGCUUUGUUUUGUAGUGUUUUGGCCUUUGCUCUACUUCAAUUUGUUUUACCACAAAAAUCUACAUACUUCUCACGUAUCCUUUUGAGCCAUGAAUACAAUUUUUUUUUGACAAAAAAAAUUAAUUCUUAAGAAUUGAAUGAUAAUACGUACUUGUUAAGGUGCCCUACUUCGAUAUAAGACUAUCUAUUAUGAGUACAAUAAAUUCGGAAAUAAAAACUCAUAUUCCAAAAGUUAAAAUGUUUCAAUUAAAGUGAAAGACUAAAGCUAAUGCUACCCUAAAUGCACUACUUAUAUAAAAGUUGCUGCAUAUGUUAUAUCAUUUGCCGUUUCAGCAUCCUUUUAUUCCACGUGCUUACGGUCAAAUUGGAAAAAAUUACUCAAUUAAAUCUAAACAUAUUGCGUGGAUGCCAAUUUAAUCUUAAAUUUUUCAAAUUUGCUAAUUUAGUCGUAAACGUUUACUUGAAGUUCCAAUGUAGUCCUUCCGGCCUAUGUGUUCGAAAAUCGCUAAUAUGGCAAUUUAGUUAUUGCUGGCUGUCCUACAUAGCAUACCAUAUGUUAGCGAUUUCUAGCAAAAUUGAAUGGAAUGACCAUAUAAGAAUUACACAUAAAUGUUUAUGAUUGAAUUGACAAAAUUGAAAAGUUUAGGGCUAAAUUGACAUUUAUACAAUAAGUUUAUGUGUGACAUCCUGAAUUUCCAUUCGCUUAAUUAGUGAGAAUUCAAGGAAGGACUAAGGUUAGCAAUAAUCAAGGUGGAAACGUCAAUAUCUCGAGAUGCCUUUGAAAGAUUUAUUCGAUCUAUUUGAGUCCAAGAAUAUAGGAAAAUUCGUUGGACAAUUGCAGAAUAUAGUUUAGACGAUAUUCUUGCGUUAAAUUAGAAUUUUAUGGUCAAUUUCAUUAAUGUGGCCAUUAUACUCUAAAGUAUGCUUUAUAUUAUAUAAUGGAUUAUAAAAUUAGGAUAAGAUAAGUGGAUACUAAGCCUAAUCACCCUAUGGCCGGCCACCUAUUACCUAACCUUAGUCCUAAAAUUUCAUUUUUGCCCUUGGAUGAUUUAAUGCAUGUAAUCAUGGGUGAAUAGUACCCAAACCAAUGGAUUUACAUGCAUGAAAUGUGUUUAACAAGCCAAGUGAACACCCUUUCCCUCUUAAAACCCCUUUACCGGCGCCAUUCUCUCUCUCUCUCUCUCUCUCUCCCCCUCCCCCUCAUUUUCUUCAUUUUGGCCCAAGAAGUUCUUUUCAUUUCCCUUCUUUCCCCUUGGCUGCUCCAUCACCGAACCCUCUCUUCUCCAUUUCCUUCUCCUUUCUUGCCAUUUCUUGCUCAAAUUCUCACCACAAGUGAAGUUUAAUAUCAAGGCAAGCAAAUGGGACUAACUCUUAAGCCUCUUGAUCUCUCUUUCUCUUGGUUUUGCUUGCUUAGGUAAUGGGGGGUUGUUAUGGUGUUUGAUAUGUCGUUUGUUCGAUUUUGGUGUCUUCUUUGAGAUAGAGUAACCAAGCUAGUGAUCUUUCGAUGAACGACUUUGGUCGAGGCUUAUAAGGGAGGCUUGAGUCAUUUUUAUGAGAUGCAUGUUGAUUAGUAGUGAAUUUUGAGCUUGUAUGUUGAUGAUCUUUCCUUAGAUGGUCUAGACGGUAAGUCUUAUACUAAGUUUAUGCCUUGCAUGUGAUUUCCAUGGUUUGUGAUUGUGAGAUGAAGCUGAGAUGAAGUGUUACAUGGCUGUUUUAGCUUGUCGUGUGACGUUUUGGUGAGUGGAUGUCGAUGAGGCGACAAAAGGAUGGAAUUCAUGUACUUGGUUCAAGCCCAAAAAAUAGUGUGCAUAUUGUACCCUUCUGUUUUGCUAAUUUUGCUGCAACUUUUUUAGACUAGAUCUCAAGAAAUUUCCUUUUCAAAAUUGUUUAAAAUAUUCUAAAGUUUUAAAUGGUUAAAUUUUAGAUUUUUUGGAGUUAAUUUGGAGGGUCAAAUGGUCAUAUUUCUUUUCAAAUUCCUAUUGUCCAGUACCGUCGAGAUGGUGACCCUCACUGAUUCUUGAUUUUCUAUGGAUUUCUCUAGUUAGAAUCUUGAUGAGCUUUCUCAAAAAGUUGUUUGAAAUUGUUUUUUCUACAACAUAUCCAAAUUUGAUAAUUUUUUAAGGUGGUUUCUCUGAAACAAAUUUCCGAAGGUUUAACUAUUCUGUUUUGAGGCUCUAUUUUGCUCCAAGUCCUAGCAAACGAAAGGCAUAGUUGCAUGUCGAUUUUGACCUAGUGAUCUUCAUGAGAAAUCUUUGUCAAGGUCUUUGUGUAACAUUUCCAAAAAUUAGAAUUGUUGAAGGUCAUUUACUAUUUUAAAUCAAAGUGAUUUCCACAAUCGGACAAAACUGCCCUUUUUGACCGAUUUUCAAAAUGAGGCUUUCAUGAGAGGAAAACGAGGGAAUCUUGAAAUGAUGACUUCUGUAGAGUCAACCAGCACACUUGAGCUUUCCAACAAGCUAUGAUUCACUGUGAUAUAAUCCCAUUUGAUGAUGUUUUCAAUUUAUUAAGUGUAGUGAUAGAAUCUGUAAAUUCUGGCUAUUGAGUGAGCAUAAGGUAUUAAGUGUUGCAAUAGUUGCAUGUUAUAGCCUAUGCACGAAAUUGUUGGAAUGCAAUGCCACAUCAUAUGUAUGCCGUGUGUGAUGAUGGAUGAGUAUGAGGCUACGGAUGGCAAACCAUGGCGUUAUGAUUGGGUUAGUUGAGGGUUAAUAGGGUUCCCUAGUACCUAAAUGUCUAGGGGAUAACAGGGUUUCCCACUAGUUCCCUAAUGAUGGCCUAGAAUGGAUGUUAGGAGGGUUUCCUAGGAUACUAUGUGUUCUCUAAAUGCCCAGUAGUGGGAACCCUAGGGGUAACAGGGUUCCCUAGAAGUUUGGCUGUGUGCAUGGUGUAUUGGAAGUGACCCAUGUGAUGCCGACUUGCCACCAAUUGAAAUUGUGAGAUGGGGGUGGACCAAAUGGUGUGUUAUGCAUGAAAUGAAACAUGUGCCGAGUGCUAUUGCAUUUCAUGUGCUACACGUACCUGUGAGUGCAUUAUAAGUAUUGAUUAAUUGCUAAUUCCAUUAUAGGAGCACUGUAGGCGCAUCUUGGAAAUCAAAAGUGCAUUAUAUUGAUUGAUUUAUGAAUAUGUCUUAUCUUUUGCUAAGUUUUAGUUUACUCAUGUUGUAUUACAAAUUUUUCAGAUAAUUAAAAACGACGAAGGUAUCUCCUUUAACUUGAUAGGGACAGCCAUGUUAUUUUGAAAGUAUAUCAAAGGACGUCACGUUUCAGUAGUCCGAACAUGUGUAUGUUCGCAGAUGUCUACUUUCUGGGUAGAUGUAGGCCGUAGUCAAUUGAUACCAUAACGUUUUAUUGCAUGGUUUGUAUGGGAGGGCAACAAACUGAAGGGACCUCUCUGGUUUUUGGAGUGACAGUGACAACAACGACUCUGAGGAUGACAGUAGCAGUAGUGGGCCAUCUGAGUAUAGAGACCCGGAUGAGGAGUGGGAUAGCGAUGGAUGGGAAUGACGCAUGACAGUAUUGGGUUAGGCGAGUUGGUUUCCAAGGCAAUGAUUUUCAUAACAGCCACUUUUUGAGUUUUAGUUGCAUGGUGGGCGAUGAAUGAUGUCGCUGAUGUGGGUGGGGGUGGAGAUAUCUUUUCGUUACGCCAAGAUUAAGGUUAGAGGUUGUUUUGUUUGUGUGCCGCCCAUGUAACUAAAUAAUUAAGCCAAUGAAUGGAAACUAACUUCAACCUGUUAUGCCCCUGAGCGUACAUGUCUGCAUAAUUCACCUUAUACAUGCUUCUGUGCUAAAGAAAAACUAACGGCUAUUAAGAUGGCAUUAAUUAAGGUGGCAUGCUUGGGGCAUCACAUUAUAAAUCUGAUUGAACAAUUUCUUCAAGUAAAUUGUUCAACAUUUUGAUCAUGGCUAGCUAAAUUUUGCAAAAAUUGGACCUUUUUGGGCUUAAAAUGCGAAAGGAAAAAAAAAUUCACACUUUUAGCAUUCAAAACGACACUCAAAAUCAACAAAUUCAAAAGCCAAAAGUCAAACUGGUACUCCUAUAAGAAAAUAUUGGGUACAUUAGUUGUAUCCAGUGGGCAAUCAAGUAAAGAAAUGACAAGGUUGCUUGCAGUUAAAUAAGACAACUAGGGUUUUUUUUUUUUUUUUUUUUCGUUUGCUUUCAAAAGAUUCCAGUAUAUUCUACCAUGAAGUGCCUAUAAAUUGAACUCCAUGUUUAACUUGAUCUCAUUUUCAUACCCACUCAAAAAGAGAAGAAGUCGUUUUCAUUUCCUUUCUAUUCCAUUGUAUUUUGAGGAUCGAGGCCAUGAAUCUUUUGGUAAAUGGUGGGGUUUUCUUGUUGAGCAUCAUUCUGUUUUCAGCUCUCGAAAAGGUCCUGCAGAAAUUCUGGUGGAACCCGAUUCGGGUGCAACGUGCGAUGGCUUCACAAGGAGUGAGAGGCCCUCCCUACGGAUUCGCCCAUGGCUCUACCAGAGAAAUAUUCAAGUUGAGAGAGGAAGUGGCGAGGCAGAUGAACAAGCACACGGUGGAUGUUUCUCAUGAUAUUUUGCCCAUCGUGGAGCCUCACAUUUACAAGUGGAGUCAAAUGUUUGGAGGAAUUUUUCUGUAUUGGUAUGGUCCUGCAGCUCUACUAUUAAUCUCAGACACUGAGCUAGUCAAAGAGGUACUUAACAACAGAGAUAAAACAUAUGUAAAGCCAGACUUCCCAGGAGACAUCAAGAAGCUUUUAGGCGACGGGCUUUUUAGUACUAAAGGCGAAAAAUGGGCAAGGCAACGUAGAUUGGCACAUCUCGCCUUCCAUGGAGAAAGCUUGAAGUGCAUGAUUCCAGCAAUGGUGGAUAGUGUUCACAUGCUGCUCAAGAGAUGGCAGAAUCUAGAAGCCAGAGAGGUUGAGUUGUUCGAAGAGUUUACGGCGAUCACGUCGGAUGUGAUUUCCAGGACAGCAUUUGGAAGCAGCUACAUUGAAGGGAGAAAUAUGUUCCAAAUGUUGGGCGAGUUGACUACUAUAGCAUCGCGAAAUAUUUUCAAAUUAAGACUUCCCGGAGUCAGAAACAUAUGGAAAACAAGCGAUGAAAUUGAUUCCGAGAGACUAGAGAAGGCAAUACGUGAUGUGGUGUUAGAGAUAAUCAGAAAGAGAGAAGAGAAGGUGAAUACGGGAGAAAUGAACGACUAUGGGAAUGACCUUUUAGGGUCUCUUCUGAAGGCAUAUCAUGAUCCGGACGAGAGCAAGAGAAUCACGAUUGAUGAUGUCAUGGACGAGUGCAAGACGUUCUAUUUCGCAGGACAAGAAACAACGAAUUCUGUCCUCACUUGGACACUCUUCCUCCUUGCAAUUCACAAAGAUUGGCAACAGGAAGCAAGAAAAGAGGUGACCGAUGUAUUUGGCAAUGAAGAUCCCAACCAUGACGGAAUAAUGAAACUCAAAACGGUAGGGAUGAUCAUUAACGAAUCGCUUCGACUGUACCCUCCCGUCAUCAGCCUCCUUAGAAAAGUCAAAAAGCAAGUCACGUUGGGAAAUCUCGUUCUUCCUGCGGACAUCGUCCUCGACAUACCGACCCUGGCCAUUCACCAUGACCGUCGAAUUUGGGGCAACGAUGUGCAUCUUUUCAAGCCGGAGAGGUUCUCGGAAGGGAUCGCCAAAGCUACAAACAACAAUGCCGCUGCGUUCCUCCCUUUUGGCUUGGGACCGCGCACUUGCGUGGGCAUUAAUUUUGCGACGAACGAGGCGAAGAUCGCCAUCGCGAUGAUUCUACAGCGCUAUAGCUUCACUCUCUCCCCCGGCUACAUCCACUUGCCUGCCCAUAUCCUCACCAUUCACCCUCAACAUGGAGUCAAAGUGAUUCUUCAUCCCCUCCAGUGUGAACAUGUGCGUGCUCAAUUAGAUUGAAAAAGGAUAAACGUUCAAUAAUGCACGGUUAAAGUGCUUGUAAAAUUGUUAAGUAGCUUCCUUCGUUUCCCUUGUUUCGCACUCCAUCAGUGAGCACUUCUUUCAAUGCAGUUUUAUGCUUCAUGUAUCCUACCGUUGGUUUCA